UCUCGAUACUGGACAUGUAAGCAGAAUCUGGAAAUAAACUGGAUGCUAAGGUUGUUAUAACACUGUAACAACUAAUUUAAAGUGUUGUCUUUCAUCAAUACAGAUAGGCUGUUCUCAUUUACGUACUUCAUAGUAGUACAAAUUUUGAAUGUGAUCCUAUAUGAUAAGUGUGUGUUGGCAUAAUACUUCUUGUAUUUGUGAGGUUAUAUGUUUAUUUAUUUGAAAGAUUUAUUUGAAAGAUUUUGCUCUAAAAACAAGUUUAAGAAUCACUGCACUGGUUCAUUCUGCCUCAUUUUAAGGCUUAAAUUUGAAUUGUGAAACUUAUCCUAGGUGUGGUUCCUGGAAUUUUAGUAACUGCUACAAGUUGGUACUCUUCAUGGGUGCAUUGCUUCCACUUGAUUGGCUAUCCUCAGGGAUUAGCAGUUGAAAGCAGAAAUAAUAGGAACUAAUCAAUAUUUUGACCCAUGAAAAUAAAAAUCUAAAAUUUAUGUUUAGCUUUAUAAUACCAGAUUAGGAAUAACUUGCUGCCUUACAAAACUCAUUGCUAUAAUAUAAUAGACGUAAAUGUUUUUUUCUUGCAACUUGAAUCAAAUAGCUUUACCCAUCAAUGUUGCCAGUUCAGACAAACAUUAUUUAGCCACAUUUAUUUUUGUACUCCAUCCCCUUAGUCUAUAGAAAAGGACACUGUUUUACCUAGGUCCUUUAGUGGUUUUUGUUUUUGCUGAGUAAAAUGUUACAGCCCCUUUCUCCUCACCUCCUCCCCAGUCCACCAUAGUGGAUAGUCACGUGGUUCCCUUACAAACUUUUUGAGGUCUCUGCUCAAAAGUCACCUUAGUAGUUGAGCUCUCUUCCAUCACCCUAUAAAAAAUAGCAAACCUCCCCCGCCACUGCUCUCAUCCUAUUUUCCUUGCUUCAUUUUCUCCGUAGCACUCGUUUUGUGACAGAGUAUUUACUUGUUUAUUUGCUUACUGUCUUUUUCCUUUUUAGAAUGUAAGUUCAUAAGGUGGAGUCGUUGUCUCCUGCUAUAUCGCUAGCACAUUGAGCAGGUACUCAGUAAACGUUUGAAUGAAUGUACGAGUCUUGGGUUUCCUUUCCUGCUGGUUCUGAAGUUCUGGUUAGAUUAUAAGAGUGUCUUCAAAUUUCUUCCUAUAUCUCUUAAAAUAAUUUUGACAACUUGUGUACCCUUUUGGACAGUUAUAAAUCAAUAUUUAAUAUUUGUUACAAUUUUAAGUAAAGUUGCACAGGAUGUAAUUUUUGGCAUAUUGUAAAUACCAUAAAAUUGUUACAUCACUCUUUUAAAAGCAUCACACAAUUUGAUCCCCAUCAGUAUUUAUUUGAAACAUACAUGCACACAUUCUUAUUUAUAGUCAGGCAUUUUUUAAUUAUUCUCUUUCUUCUUCAAAAGAGAAUUGCAAUUUGUUUCCAUUCUACUUUCACCACAUGAAUUUCUCCUAAUGUGAUACUUCUAUGCUUGAAAUAAUUUAAGUCAUCCUAUUAUACUUGCAAUAAAACACAUACAUACCUCUUAUGAGAAAAAUGCUCAGCAAACUAGGAAUAGAAGAGAGCUUUCUUAACAUGAUAAAUAAAGGGCAUUUAUGGAAAACUACAGCUAACUAUGUAGUAAAUUGUGAAAGACUGAAAGCUUUUUUUCUAAGAUUAGGAGCAAGACAAAGAUACCUGCUUUUGCCACUACUGUUCAAUAUUGUACUAGAAGUUUUAGCUAGAGUACUUAGGCAAGAAAAAUAAAUAAAAGAUAUCCACAUUGAAAAGGAAGAAGUAAAACUAUAUUUGCAGAUGGCAUGGUUCCAUACAUAGAAAACUCCCAAAGAAUCCUCAUGUACAAGAUACUUAUUAAGUGAAUUCAGCAAAUUUUCAGGUUUCAAGACAAUUAUAAAAUAAUUAGUUGUAGUUUUUACACCUGCAAUGAAAACUCUUAAAAAGAAAUACAGAAAAACAUUUGUUUACAAAGGUAUCUAAAAGAACAAAAUAUUGAGGAAUAAAUUUAGCCAACGAAGCAAAAUAUUUAUACACUGAAAACUACAAAAUAUUGCUGGAAGAAAUUUCAGAAUCAUGGAUUGCAAGACUUAAUGCUGUUAAGGUGGCGGGACCACCGAAAGCAAUCUGCAGAUUCAAUACAAUGCCUAUCAAAAUUUCAAAAGGAAAAGUUGAUUCUCAAAUUUCAUAUGUAAUACAACAGGCCCUGAAUAGCCAAAACAAUACUGAAAAAGAAAAACAAAUUUGGAGAAUUCAGUUUCUGAUUUCAGAAGUUACUAUGAAGCUAUAGUAAUGUAAACAGGGUGGUAUUGGUAUAAGGAUAGACACAUAGGCCCAUACAUGUACGGCCAGUUGAUUUUCUGCAAGGGUGCUAAGACCAUUUAAUAGUGGGUAGUCUUUUCAACAAAUGGUGCUGGGACAAAUGGAUAUUCACAAGUAGAGAAAUGAAGCUGGACUCAUACAUCAUUCCAUAUAUAGAAAUUAAGUUAAAGCUCUUAGAAAACCAUAAAAUUCUUAGAUAAAAACAUAGGGAUAAAUCUUCAUGACCUUAUAUCUGGCAAUGGAUUUUCAGCUAUGACACCAGAAGCACAAGCACCAAAAGCAAAAAUAGACAAAUUGAAAUUCAUCAAAAUUAAAAGCUUUCAUGCAUCAAAGGACAUUAUCAAGAAAGUGAAAAGGUCAAUGAAUGGUCAUUGAAGAUAAGAAAGGAAAUGAGAGUUGUUGACAGGCAAAUACGAGAUAUCCAAAGAGAAGAAGAAAAAGUAAAACGGUCAGUGAAAGAUGCUGCCAAGAAGGGCCAGAAAGACGUCUGUGUAGUUUUGGCCAAGGAGAUGAUCAGGUCAAGGAAGGCUGUGAGCAAGCUCUAUGCUUCCAAAGCUCACAUGAACUCUGUGCUCAUGGGGAUGAAGAACCAGCUGGCGGUUUUGCGAGUGGCCGGUUCCCUACAGAAGAGCACAGAAGUGAUGAAGGCCAUGCAGAGCCUUGUGAAGAUCCCAGAAAUCCAGGCCACUAUGAGGGAGCUAUCCAAAGAGAUGAUGAAGGCUGGCAUCAUAGAAGAAAUGUUAGAGGAUACUUUUGAAAGCAUGGAUGAUCAGGAAGAAAUGGAAGAAGCAGCAGAAAUGGAAAUUGACAAAAUUCUGUUUGAAAUCACAGCAGGGGCCUUGGGCAAAGCACCUAGUAAAGUGACCGACGCCCUUCCGGAGCCUGAACCUUCAGGAGCCAUGGCUGCAUCAGAAGAUGAGGAGGAAGAAGAGGCCCUGGAGGCCAUGCAGUCCCGUCUGGCCACACUCCGCAGCUAGUGGCUGCCCAGCUGGGCCCUCAGGCUCUUUCACAGCCCACCUACUGGGAGUGGGCACACUCCUCUGAAGCAGUCACCAUGUUAUGUAUCUCUUGCACUACACCUCUAAGGCACUUUUAUUCUGAGAAGGUUCUCUGCUCAUAUCUCUUCACUUUGCAGAGGUUUGGGGAUCUCAAUGGGAUUGUCCUUGAGAGUUGGGGUUAUAAAUGCAUCAUUUUCAGGGGUAUAAAUAGAAGCAUCCUUUUGGGGGGGAGGGCAAAGGAAUCUAACUUCAUGCGAUGCAUCAUUUUCAGGAGCAUAAACAGAAGUAUCUUUUGGAGGGAAAGGCAAAGGAAUCUGUCUUCUCCCGAAGCACUUCUGAGGAUAGAGUUGGCCUGAAUGUUGAGGACUCUCCAUUUUUUUGUCUCUAAACACUAUAUAAAAUGGAUUUUAAUAAAUUUUUGCUUUAACACUUGG